UGAUUAUUCUCUUUCUUUUCUAUCAAGGCUACACUCUCUUCCUCAUAUCAGAGUGCAAUGCGUGUGCUUAAUCUCGUUUUCGUGUCGGCGUUUAUCCCCCUUCUCUCUGGGGUACUCGCCGACCAACCUGCACAGAUUCCCAUCUGCCAUAAAUGCGAGGAGAACAAGGUUCCUCCUCCUCCUCCUCCUCCUCCGCCGGCAAUUCCACGAUGCGGAAAAGGAGCUCUCCGUCCUCGACCUCGAGGUGGAGAGUGCGUGGUGACAUACUCAUGCUCCGGAAACUGUGGAAAUGUGGCCAUCCCCCAUCUGAACAGCAAGAGCAUGGAGUGCGAUUACGCCGAAGUCACUGUGGGACCAGAUGGCUCGAUCAUCGACCAGUGUUGCGACCCGCCUGAGUGUCCCAGUAGCUGUCCUACCAAGCCGGGUUCAACGGACCAGUGUUUCAAUGAUAUGUACGGAUGUCCCGCCAUCGACGGCACAAUCCAGCGCUUCGGCGGCAAGGACUACAUCUACCAUUGUCAUAGCGGGUUCUGCGCGACUACCAUCAGCUCCGUCAGCACUACAAACACGCUGAGCGAGUGUGCUGAGAAAUGCUCGCGCGACCCAGCCUGCAAGAUGCUCUCCCACAACGGGAAGACAUGCACCCUGGCUACGAAAGUCGGGUCAAUCGAGAAGGGCCCCGGCUCUGUCGUGCUGGAGCCAAUCAACGGCCCUAAACCACCACAGUCGAACGAUGACUGCUCCAAGAUAGACAACACCCGGCACACGAUCCACGGAAUGGAGUUCCUCCUGCGUUGCAACACGCGCGUGACAGAUCCCGCCACAUGCAAACCACAUCCAGCAUCGUCGUAUGAAGAAUGCGCCAAUCUGUGCGCGACGGACACCAACUGUGCCAGUGCGUCUUUCUCCGCCGGACACUGUUGUAUCUCAGACAAGAAACCCAGCGCGUCAAAGCAGCCCGGAUCUAUUGGGUUGGAGCCGCUCCCUGGCUAUGGAUGUCCCUAUGUAGACUGGGCUGUCAAGGACAUCGGCGGUGUGCGCUACGAGUAUCACUGUGACGCCUGGUUGACAUCUGGCGGACAGUGGACUCUUGUUCCGAGCAGCAACGACAUGAACUGUGCGCUACAGUGCUCUAAGAAUAAGCAGUGUACUGGUAUUUCUCUACGCGGGAAUCAGUGUUACAUCGCUACUGCACCCAUCUCUCUCCAGCCCAAGGGUGACUGGGUUGCUUUGGUUCCAGUGACAGGCGGCGGCGGCGGCAAUGGUGGUAAUGGCGGCGGCGGCGGCGGUACUGAGGAAAAGGGAUUGAGUGUCCCAGAGUGUAAAGAAGCACACGGACACGAAGUCAAGUACAAGGGACAUGUCUACAAAGUGGACUGCUACCGCUGGGUCGGAGGGGACGGGUUCAAAACGGCGACAAUGCACAAACUAGCGGACUGCAUCAAGAUGUGUGCUGAUCACAGUAACUGCGUGGCGCUCCACUACCUCCCCCACCAGCAAUUCUGCGCAAUCCACGACAAUAUCCCACGAGUCGGCACACAGGGUGACUUUGGCGUGGCAUACGUGAAGAGGAUUAGUUGAACGGGGGGGGGGGGGACGCCGAGGAUUCAGGAGUAAGCGUUAGCUGUUAGCCGUUAUGUAGCUGAUAGGAAGGACACUCCAUGCGCGUUGGUCAGCGGGGGAUUCCAUCUGAGUCGAAUGAUACUGUGAUUGAUGAG